AUGCAAAAUGAUCUUCUAAUGCUUUCUGGAAUUCUCACAAUUCUCGGGUUUGUUGGAAUGGUUCUAUCUGCUAUCGCGUGGUUCAUUCAGUCAUCGAAAGCAAAAAAGUAUCAGAAGCAAAGAGAACAAAUACCGGAGGAAAUGAUCACAAGGGAUACAACUGAAGCUGUGAUGAAGAAUAUUCGUGGAAUUCCGUUUUUGAUUCAGGCUAUCCAAUACUCCAUGGAAACUUCUUAUUAUCGGAAUAUCAUGAACGAUCUAGGGGACGGAAUUGUUCGAACAUCAGUUAUCCACACUGCUCCGGCAUGUCAAUCUAUUUUGGAUUCCAGCGAUGAUCCUGAGACAUCCAGACCGACCCCGACACCUAGACCAUCGAGAAACUCAGCUGAAGAACAAUGGUUGGCUCAUGGGGAGAAAUGGCGAAACGAGCAACUUCGAUUAUCCAUGGAACGCGAGAAUCCACAUUUCCUCGUAUUUCCGUAUAGCGAGGCUUCCCCUCAUCGAGAGUCAAUGAACAAUAUGGAUGCAUUGGUACAUGAAUUCUCACGGAUUGAUAGCAUUAAACGCCCUCACUGCUUCACUAAACAACAAAAAAUUGCACAUAACCAUUUUCAAGUCCGUUGCAUUGGAAUGUCAGCAGAAUUUAUUGAAAGGCAGAUUCAAUAA